UAACUUGGACAUACAAAUCAUUAUGAUUUUAUAAUUUCAAUUGCAAUUGUCGUCAUUUUUCACAGAUACAUGUUGGUAUGUAAUUUGCGAAUCAAGACCAGAAUGUUUCGGAAUUCCGUGUAAAUCUAUCUUGACAAAUAAAGAGGCGCAACUCCUUUACUCUUGUCGUGAUGCAAAUACACCACCUUGCUAAAUCGUCGGGCAAUUAGAUUUUAGAACGCAGCUCGCAGUUCACCAUUCGCAAUUUCAAUAGUGAACUGCAUUCUAGAACGCAGUUUGCAAUUCAAAUUUUAUAUACAUAAAAAGAAAACUAGACUGGAAUUAUAAAGAUGGGGUACAAUGUAGAAAUAAAACGCUGUAAAUCUAAAUUAUCUUAAGAAUUACUGAGUUGAAAUCUAAAUGUCAAACUAUUGUAAAAUUCAUUUUUAGUCAGAACAAUGGCAUUGAUUUAAAUUUAAGAAAUAAAUUUCAUUUUUGAAAAAUACAGGUUCCACCAGCAAACUUCAUGAAGCGCGUUGCGCGUCAUGAAAAGAUGCCUAAUUGAGCAUACUGUAUGCCUAACUGUUUGUAACUGUUCAUACCCCCAUGGAUUUUAAAAAUUGAAAUUUACAUUUUACUUUCAUUUUCUUUGGGAAUACCGAGUGAACUCAGCUGUUAAAAUAAUGGUUUUAUAUUCAUCCAGCUUCAUACGCACAUUAUUCACAUUCAUGAGGGAUUAUUUCAAUUUGUAAAAAUAUCGAAGGCAAAAACGAUGGAAAUGUAAAUAUUCUAUAAUGAUGGUGGGCUUUUUUAUGUCAUGAGACCAACUCAACACUUCCCAUGUAAAGAUAUAUACAUGUAUAUAAAAAGUAUAUUUUUCAUGAAUUAUACUAGAUAAUUAUAAAAUCUUUUCACCCUGAAUACUUAGUUUAAAAUUCGAUAGAUUGGUGGGAAUUAUUGUGUUUUGCUUACAAUAAUCAAAGGGGUGCUUACAUGUAUAUAACCUACAUAUACAUGUAGUGGCAACCAGUGUAUACUUAUUCUUAUAGUUUGUGUCAACUGGGUGGGUUUUUUUUUGGGGGGGGGGGGGGUUGUUGCUUUUUUCAAAUUGACUGAUUUCAUGGCACAAUAUUUUUGCCAGAGGCUUCAUUUCAGAAAUUAGAGAUAUCUUGAUCUACAAUUAGGUACAUUUACACAUAAAACACUUCAUACGUGAAUAUAUACUGGCACGUCUUCGGUGGGGUUCAGAGCUAGGUUUUCGUAAUUUGAUGAUACGAAAAUAUUUGUUCGAAAUGCUAACAAGUUAUACUAAGUUUACAUAGAUAGACUAGAAACUGACAAAUGUAGCUAUAUAUAAUUAAAGUGGAAAUGAAGUAUGACGAAAGUUUAACAAGAUACUUUAGAUGUGGGAAGGUGCACGUUAAUUAAUGCAAUAUCCGGCGAUCCCUUUCUGUCAAUUUUAAUGUCUUAUCUCAGCCAUCUACAAUUUACACCUUGCUUAUUUAUGCACUUGCCUAUUUCUACUAUCAAAAUGUUUUCAAAUGGGAAUUUUGAUUGAUACCUUUUUUUUUUAUAUAAACAUCUCAUAACUGACUACUUUUAAAUCUAUUCCACCUCAUUGAAUUAUAAAGGGAGUUUGUUAUGUGUUGGGGAUUAUGUUUUUAGGCCGCAGAAUGGUUUUUUUUUUCUUUCGGAUAUCAAUUUGCACUCUAGAGCACGAUAGUGUUAUCUGCACUUUAAUUUGUGUAUCUGUUUAUUUCACCGUAUUUCUGAAAUGAAUAUCCCUCAUCAAACCAGAAUAUUAUCUAAAUCAAUCGAUUUCUACAAAAUAUAGUCAGGAUUUUAAUAUUUCAUUAGGAAAAGGUGAAUAAUUUUUCCCUAUUGAACAGGUUUUUUUAAUGGAUAUAUAUAAAUAUGGCAAGAAAUGGCCUAAAAAAAUAUAUUAUACCAUAUGCAAUCAACGCAAUAUUGAAGGUGUUCUUUUCUCACUUUGCGUUGAAAUGUCCAGUUUACAAUUCAUAUACAGUAUCAAACUAUAUCAAGAAUUGAUAUGUAAGAAAAUCCAUCUGUGUUUAAACUAGUUCAGGUAUUUAGUUCAAGUAACACGAAAAAUCUGUGUAACCUCGGUAUAUAUCAUUAUCAUCCCACAUUGUAAAGUAUAUCACAGUGGAAAAAUACUCUCUCUCUCUCUCUCUCUCUCUCUCUCUCUGUCUCUGUCUCUCUCUCUCUCUCUCUCUCUCUCUCUCUCUCUCUCUCAAUGGCUGUGUACUAUGUUAUUCUCAUUAGUGAGAAUGGGGCACACUACAGAUACUUUUCUGAAGUAUAACUGGUUCAGUAACUGUAUUUCGUGUAUUCCAAGUACUGUUUAUUCAAUGAAUGUAUAUAUGUAGUGCUGACCAGCCAAACUGAUCAAAGUUCAAUAAAUAAUGUUAAAAAUAUUAAUAAUAAUACUGUUUCAUUCGACGGAAAAUCUGUAAUUUGAAAAAUGAAGAAGAACUGAGGUAUUCUAGAUCUAUUGUUUUAUUUCAAUUAGAAUUUUUGAACAUUCCUUGGAUAUAAGUUGUUAAUCUUUCAUGCGUCAUUACUGGAAAUUAACUUUCAUGUUAUUUGCGAAUGUCAAUCAUUUAUCGUCAUUGUCUAAGGAACUGCGGUUUUCCUGUAUCGUGAUUUAAUUAGAUUUUAAGGUAACCAACUUAAGAUAUCACUUACAAUGUUAUCAAGAAAUUUCUAGCAUGUAAGUUGAACAGUUUUGCAAAUGCGCUUCUUGCCAAAAUUGAACAAAAGAUUUGUCCAUCAUUUAGUAAUUUUUCAAAGCCCCAGUACUCGAAGAACAAAUAAAUCAUAUUCCCAAACAAAUACUGAAUAAAGCGGGGGCUUUACCCCUUUCUUCUGUUGUUAGAUAAGGUCCCGUGCCUGGGUUUCCAUGAGCUUCUUAAUCCACUACCUGCCUAACUGCUAAUACCUCCAGAAAUUGUAAAUGUUAUUUCCUUAAAUGAAAAAUCGUUUUUUCUUAACUGUCAGAAGCUUUUUUAAAAUGCCUGUGUAACCGAUUUGUCUCCGUGUUAGAUAUUCCUCGACAAAGCAUGGACCGCAAGGGCGCCUAAUGCUUCCCAGGCUAUUUAAGGUGUUUCAUGGCUCAGUUAUCUGUGUUUGAUGAUCGUUGAAGUCCGAGGUUGACAUCAGCAUAAACGGCUAACGCUCAACAGUCUUGAGAAGUAUUACCGGAAAGUCGUAUGUCUUCUGUUUUCAAAUUCGUAUGUGAUUGUAAUCAGCUACAGAACAUGUACUUAAUUUAUAUUUACUUUAUAAAAAUUAUUUUCAUUUUCUCGCAAUAUUUUUCAUUUAAAAAGACAUUUUUUUUUUAUAAAACUUAAUUUAAAAUUAUAUUUGGAAGAAACAUACAAUGAUACAUAUAAUAAAAGUUAAACUUUAGAGAUACAUAAAUGCUUCAGUUUUUCAAAUAACUUUUUAUCAAGUGGGGGUUUUUUUUUUUGGUUGGUUUUUUUUUUUUUUUGUUAGUUUGUUUUUGUGAAUUUACGAUCCAAACUCCUAGUGACGCAAAUAUCAAGAGCGCUGAAUAUCCUUUGUAUUUUCAGUUGAAAAAAUAUCGUUGAAUUUCGUAUGUCAAAGUUCCUCGUGUCUUGUUAGAAAACUAUCGCAUAACUACAUUAAUGAUUAUACAUUACUUACAUUUUUGCAUUUGAUAGAAAUUACUUUAUAAGAUUUAGAUAAAAGAUUACUUAAUGACAGAUUCUUAUAAAAAUAUAUAUAUUAUGUAGGGAUUUUUUGUUUUCAAUUAAGCAUAUGGUGAUAAACUAACCUGAGGGAAAACUCAAGGCAACUUGCUUUAGUUAAAACAUUCGACACAGCUUAUAAAAAUGGAUGAAAAUCUUUAUUUAAUGUAGACAUAUCUAGAGUAAAUUCUUACUCUACCCUGUUAAAGGCAACUAGAUCUAUUGAUAUUUCGCCGAUAAAUACCUACUGUCAUAACGGUGUAAAAUGUUGGGCAAAGUAUAUAAUCACUACUCAAACUGCACAUUACAGUUAUACGUUAUCAACACAUCUAUGAUGGAUUAAUUCUUUCGAAGAUGAGGGGCCUCGUUAUAUGAAUUCCAAAUUAUACGGAGCACUGCUGUACAUGGUUAAAAUAUAAACUUUAUGUAGAAUAAACUUCCAAUACACUGACAAACAAAGAACAGAGAAACAGAGAAUGGCAAUGAAAUAAAGGCUAGCCUAGGAAUUUCUUCAUAAAUAUAUCAAAAAGUAUUAUUGGCAAAAACUAUCUGUUUUCAAAUUUGUACAAUUAAAAGUGUUCAUGAUGUACACGAACUUUGUAAUGUGGGGAAAUAUUUACAUGUAUGUCUUACACUUAAGUUGCGAGAAAACCUUGUUUAAAAGUUAUUCUCCGUUGCUUGCUUGAUUUGUACACCGCCAUACAAUGUCAUUUUAAUGUACUUAUGCAUACAUAUUGUUCGUGUAACUGAUGUGAUAAGACAGAUGUCUUAAGCGAUAAAGAGAGUAUUCCAUUUAUUUUCUUCAACAAAGUCAGCUAUAAUUGACCAGUCGGGGGUUACCAGGAUUGACACACUGAAAUAUCGAGCAAUCACCUCUGUAGUGUGUAAUUAAAGUAUCCUUUGUGAGUAUUUUAAGUAACAUGUGUGUAUAUCUAAAACCAAACAAUUCAAACACACACAUCAAUCUUCACAGUCGGUCCAACUGAUCUAUAUGUGACACUGUUUAAUGGUUAUUCUAGAAAAUUUACGCAAAGUGAAGGUAUGUCUUACAAAAACAUUUUUGUCGAAUUUCAAGAACAGAGUUGUUUGCAUGGGAAAAUUACAUACAAAAAAAUGAGAAAAGAUGAUUAUCCUAAGAUGAAUUGGAGUUACUGAGUCGUAUUUUGUUAAAUAAUUCCUGUCCCUGGUUUAAUGGACAGUACAGUACGAAGCGUUUCUGAUUAGAUUUUGUUAGAAUUUUAAAAUACAUAGAUCCUGUCCUGAAGUAUGCCCUGUCCCUAUCCGGGGAGGCAACACAACACAGCGAAACCUUGUUGAAUGAUUGAGAUCGUGGCCAUCAUUCAGACGAACGUAACAUUUACCAAUCCCUGUGAUGGAGGAUUGGAAGAAAGUUUUUCUCAACGGAUGCUUCACUUUAGAGGGGGAAAUAGUGAUCGACCCUUGACCUUUCCGAGGAAUAUAAAGGUCCUACUUCUGCGGAUCACGUACUACAUCCGGAAGUGACAGUAAAGGGGAAAUCCUGGACUGUGGUGUCGUUGGAUCCCAGCAGUGCGGGCAUCGUUCAGCGUCAGACUGUGUUUGUCGCACAUCUACAGGUGGACGACCAGAAAGUAGUGAAGAUUAUCACAGCUUCACGGGGAUCUGAAACCCUGGAUUAGUUUUCCAGAGACACAGUGACGUGUAACUGGACCUGACCGCUCCAGGAUUCCUGGCAGGCUUCACAGGUAGUAAUGGGGUGCUAAAUAGUACAGGUGUAUCUGCUUAAAUCAGCACAUACUUAUCGCCGUUCGUUUAGCGGACCUUAUUAGUCAACAACUCUAAUAAUUGGACCCUAUGAUCUCCUGAAGUUGAUUCUGACGUUGGAGCUAUACAGGGCGGUUAUGUGUAGAUCGGAGUGGUUGACAGUGUUAUGAGAAAAUCCGACACUGUUAUAAUGGCAGGGCUUGCUUUCACUCUCGGCUUCGUCUUGGGGAUGAUGAUCCAACUUCCAGUGAUUCUUCCUAUGCACGAGGAAUAUUUCGCAAAUACUGACCCCAAAACUGGUGUUCGUUUUGAAUCUGUGGGCUCGGCAAGAAAACAGCUCUCGAUGGAUAAUCCAUUAAGACGGGUAAAGCCUUCUUCACACGGAGUAGUGUUUCCUCAGAACAAUGGUACGAACUCUUACUUACAGGGACAAACCGAUUACAGCGGAUCACGGCAAUCGGACGGCUCCUCCGGCUCAUCACCUGCACUGGAAUCCGUCAUUAGGAACCGUGAAUCAGCGAAACAAUCAGAGGUGUUAGAUGGGGUCUUCUGGUCCGAGGCGACAGAGCGAAAAUGUCCAGGCGGAUUCACAGAAGAAGACCAGCAAAGAUGGAAAAAUAAAAUAGACACUGUGAAAGUCGUAAAACUGGAAACUGGAUGUGGACGGAUGCAGAACCGGUUGGCGACUUUCAAGGAUGCAGUCCGAGCUUGUGUUAGAUACAGACUCAAUACAGACCAAAUACAAGGAGAGAUUUUCUCCUUUUACCUCAGCAAACUUUUAGGUAUUAGUAAUGUACCUCCCUCUAGCCUACACUUAGUGAACUCAAUUGAUGACCGAUGGAGGACGGUUACAGGUGAAAUUGCCAACAGCAAGUGGGCAGACGAUAAAGUUGUGAUCUUUACACAGUUUGUGGAAGGGCUAAAACCUUCAUACAUUCCGUUUGAAUUUCGCGAGGAAGAGAGAAAGUUACAACCUAAAAUAGACGUGGUAAGCUCCAAAAGUCCUGAAGAUCUCUGUGAUUUAGUGCAAUGGUCAGAUUUAGUCAUAUUUGAUUAUCUGACGGCUAAUUUAGACCGUGUGGUCAAUAACAUGUUCAAUAGGCAAUGGAAUCCUAAUAUGAUGAAUUCGCCAGCCCACAACCUGGAAAGGACUUCAAGUGGACGCUUGAUUUUUCUGGACAAUGAGUCCGGACUAUUCCAUGGUUAUAGACUACUGGAUAAAUACGCUACAUAUCAUCGGAAGCUCUUGGAUGCUCUCUGUGUUUUUCGAAACUCUACUGCCAGUGCCAUAGAGCGUCUCCACCAUUCCGGAAAUGUGGGGGAAGAACUGAAUAAAAUGCUUUCUCAAAAUGAAGUACUUUACAAUCAAAUCCCGCGUAUUCCACAGAAAAAUGCAAAAAUUCUACAGCAAAGGAUAUCGGACGUUUUUGACCAAAUCCAGACGUGCAAGAAACAGUAUUUGUAAAAUUGUGUCAGGAACUUCAUAAUUUCUUUGUGAUCAUUUGGAGGUUUCAAACCUUGCAUUAUGACCAAAUAUUUAACGCAAUUCAUUAAGCUGGGGCUGGCUGUGAAUUUCGUGCUUUUGCCACAGCAUUCUUUAAUUAUGUGUAUCUUGCCAUACAAUCAAGAAUAUUUCACACGUGCCUUUCAAAAAGGACACCUUAUAUUUAAAAGUGCUAAUCAUGAUAUUUUUUGCAAUAUUACCAUUUUCUAAUGUCUAUGUUCCAUCCAUAUUAAACUCAUGGGUUAUCAUUGUUAAACGUUUCGUCGUUAUCAUAAAAAACCAGAAAACUUGGAA